GAGCAGAUACCGAUGCCAACAUGUCCUUGAUUCUGUUCAGGGAGAACUGGGACAGUGGGACCCUCGCUCUGAAGGAGUCCAACAAGUCUAACAAGUUUGAGAGGAACCAGAUGGACGAAUUCACCUUUCCUGACAUGCUGAGCCUGGGAGAGCUCUGCAAAGUGAGGAUCUGGCAUGACAACAAAGGAAUUGCACCAGGCUGGUACCUGAAAUAUACUGAUGUGACAGACUCUGCCAUGGACAAGACAUUUCGCUUCCAGUGUGAUCGCUGGCUGGCUAAAGGUGAAGAUGAUGGGCAGCUCAUAAGAGAACUGGCUUGUGCCAAUAACAACAUCCUGGAACUGAAGGAAUGGACCGCCUAUGAGAUUGUCACAGUGACAAGUGACAGAGAGGAUGCAGAGACCAAGGAAAACAUCUGGAUCAUCUUAGAAGGAAAGAUGGGUUGCUUGAAAGAAUUCCUUAUGGAAAACUCCUCUAAGAAAAGGAGAUUUGAAAGGGCAUCAAGAGACACAUUUCAGUUUUCUUCAAAGAAUGUUGGUGAUGUUGCAGCCAUCUGCGUUGGUCACUGUCCAAAUGAUGGAAAAAAAGUCAUCAGCAAAAGGCAAGUUGUUUGGUAUCCGAUCCCUUCCAUGCCCUUAACCCGCUGUGAACUUUCCCUCGGCAAGUACUUCUUCAGGUGCAACAUGAAAAUCCCUCUGCAGUACAAGAGAUGGGACUACAAAGUCUUCGAGUGUGCCAAGGUCACCGAGAGCUUCGCCAGCAAAGCCCAGAGCUUGGUGCCUGUCGAGACCAUUGUGGUGACGGGCUUCAAGAAGGGAGCCAGUACCGAUGCCAACGUGUUCAUCACCAUCUUCGGGCUCAACGGCGACUCAGGAAAGCGGGUGCUGAAGCACAAGUUCAGGAACCUCUUCAAAUGGGGCAAAACCAACCGCUUCUACCUGAAGACAUUGGACAUGGGGGAGCUGAAGAAGGUCCAGAUUGAGCAUGACAACAGCGGGCUGGCACCCGGUUGGCUGGUGGAGCAGGUGAUCACAAACUCGGCUACCGGUGUCACCACCAUAUUUCCCUGUGGGAAGUGGCUGGAUGAGAACCGAGGGGAUGGUUUGAUCUGGAGAGAGCUCUUCCCUAGAUACUGA